AAGCUGCUGCUGUCCAAGGGUGCUUCCGUUGACCCUCUCGGUCAUCGCGGGACGCCGCUGCACUUGGCUGCAGGGUACGGCCAUGAACAGGCUGUGAAGGUCCUGCUGGAGCACGGAGCCGAUGCAAGUUCUAGUAUCCCCCUUGCCUUGAUUUGGUUAUGAAAUUAUUCGUUGUAGGAGGGAUUCUGCAGAGCACAUGAUGGCUGCCUGCAUUCCCUGAUGCAUUUUUUAUUCUCUCACUAGUUAUCGAAAUUCGAAACUGUUUUUCCCUUUGCAGCCCAAUGUCAGUUGAACCAUUUUUCGAUUAUUUAUCAAAUCUGUUUUCUCCUUUUGCAGCCCAAUCGAGUUGUCAGCCAUGUUAAUUCGCCACUCCUGGCAGCGUGCUAUGCGCACUCCUUGGAAUGUAUGAAGCUUCUGGUUGAGGCUGGUGCUGAUGUGAACUUUAGAAGUCCGUCUGCCCCCACUGUUUUGAUGUUGGCUGUUGAUGAUGGCUUAACUGACAUUGUCAACUUCUUGCUGGAGGUCGGAGCUGACCCUAACAUUCAUGAUUCGGAUGGGAAAUUCCCAAUCAUGUUAGCAGCAGCUCAUGAGCAUCGUGAGCUUGCUGAAAUUCUAUUUCCUCGGACAAAACCAAUUCCAUCUAUGAUCGACUGGAGUGUUGAUGGGAUUAUUAGAGCCAUGAAAUAUCCGCACUUGGAGCCUCGGGAGGUGGUGGAAGAAAAGAUAGCUGAUGCGAAGUCACAAGGAAAAGAAGCGUUUGCAAAAGGGGACUACCUUGCUGCAAUCUACUUCUAUGCCCUGGCAAUGAGGAAAGACCCACUCGACGCCACCUUAUUCGCCAACAGGAGCCUAUGCUGGUUGCGACUGAGAGAAGGGGAGAUGGCUCUGUCAGAUGCUCGGGAUUGCAGAGUGCUGAACCCAGGUUGGGCAAAGGCUUGGUACCGUGAGGGUGCGGCUCUCAGCUUGCUAAAGAACUACAAAGCAGCAGCUGAUGCGUUUGUGGAAGCGCUGAAGCUUGACCCUGCAAACAACGAGAUCAAGAAAGCGUUGAGGGAGGCCAUGGAGUCUAUGAACUAUGAAGAGCGUUGAUCUCUCUGGACAACAGAACCACCAAGCUGCCGCAUCCGUCUGAUCUGAUAAUCCUCUAUUACAUGUAUGGGGAUUAUAACUAACGUAGCAAACAUCGCAGAACGUACUGCUGCGAAGACUCGUUUCAAGUUGUUCUUCACUCUUCAAUCUUUCGCAAGACAUUUUGCUGCUGCCUGGAUUGAACUAAUGCCUAUCCUUUGGUUUUUAUUUGAAUUUGUUCUUCGUUU